CCAGAUUAUUUCUCCAGUGCAGAUGCAGCCCAUGUGUCAUCAUUCACUCCCCACAGACAGCUGAUGACAAUCCCACUUUUGAAGGACUGUUCACAGCAGUAAUUUGGCCAUGGCUUUUCUGGGAAAUGAGCCAGCAUGGCAGAGUGGUUUGAGUGUUGGAUAUUCCCUUCUCAGCCAUGGAAACCCACUGGGUGACCUUGCGUGAAUCACACACUUUCAGCCCCAGAUUAAGGCACACAACAGCAACAUCUUGGAAACACAGCCCACUAGACUCAGUGGAGUUUACUUGUGCAUGAAGAUGAACAUUUGUACAUUAGCUGUAUCCCUUCAAGACAUGUCUCUCAUGGCGACCUUACCAUGGGGUUUUCUUCGCAGAAUUUGUUCAGAGGGGGUUUGCCAUUGCCUCCCUCUGAGCCUGAGAGAGUGUGAUUUGCCCAGUGUCACCCAGUGGGUUUCCAUGGCCAAGCGGAAAUCUGAACCCUGGUCUCCCAGUGUCCAACCCCUACAACCUGUUGUGUCUUCAGUCUGAUUGAUCUACUAAAUUUCCAUAUAUGAAUAAGGCAAUCAUUUCAGAAGGAGGAAAAGAAAGACUAUUUUAAAAUGUAUUAUGUAUGUAGGGAGGGUUCAGUCAGCUCAGGGACAGGACAGUUGCUUUGUGUCCAAAAUGCCCCAACAUUACCAAUGGAAAGAGAAUUGGGUAGCAGGUGAUGGGAAAGAGACAACUAGACUGAGCUAACAUGCAACAGCUUCCUUACGUGUAUUUUAUUAUAUUUAUUAUCGUUCUUUGCUGCUUGUCAGGAUAUUCAUCUCCACUCCUGCUGUUUACACGUAACAUCAGAAUGAUAAAUUAACUCUAAACAAUACUAUCUUGUGUAAACUGCAUCAGGAUCCUUCCCACAGGGCAGAGGUUGGUAGAUGAACCAGAGUCCUGCUGGAACAGAAGUUGGUGCCUCUUCAUCUUGGUCCCUGCUUCAUUUCUCAUCCCUUCAGCCCUCCUGUGAUCCUUCCCACAGGGCAUAUUCAGGCGUAAUUGUGUUGGCCAUGCAGCAAAAUACAACAACAUCCAAAAUUCACAAAGCAGCAAUACUUUUAUUGGACCAACUUGAUAAGAGGGAAGCAGAUGUUUUGUGGCAGGCUCCCUCUUAGAUGCAAAACUGGAGUGUGAAUGCUUUUUUCUAUACAAAGAUGUUUGUCACCUACAUUUUAUAUAUGCUGCCUAAGGCUGAUGAGUGUUGCAGGCUGAUAAGAAUGGAAAAUGCAUGCCCUGCUGUAAAUCCUAUUCCAUGAAUAUGAUCUGUGGCCCAAAGCAGUGGGGUAGACCAGUUUAGAUGAUACAUCUUGCUAUCCCUCAGGGUUCAGUUGUAUAACCCGAGUAAAGUACUUGGUCUGGAGUCUUGAGAUAUGUGAAGUAAUAAGGGCCAUUCAGUGUAUGCAAAAUACUUUUCCCUCUAACCAGGAUAAUCCCAGCCAGGACCUGUUUUUCUGGGACACAAUGCAAGGUCUUCACGCACAGAGGAGGACUUCUAAUAACACUCUGGCUUGAAAAAACUCCUUUGAGAUGGAGUGUGAAGAUCCAGGCAUUGUGGUGAUUCAUGACUCGGAUGAUGGUGCAACGACAAGGAGAGUCUACAUAGCUGACAAAAGUGAAGUGAGCGAGGGUGAGGAAGAUGAUCACUUGGAGCCCAAGACCAUCCAGCCUGGCAUCCAAACCGGACAACCCACUUGGAAGGCCACUUUACAGCAGGAAGGGCCAACCAUGGAACGGCAACGGAGUCUGCUAGCUCCUGGCAGUUAUAACGAGGGUGAAGCUUUGAUAGCAGCCACUGUGGUUUCCCGCUCCAGCAAACAACGCCCCUUCAUCUGUAAUGAGUGUGGCAAGAGCUUCAGCCACUGGUCGAAGCUGCUGCGGCAUCAGCGCACACAUACAGGUGAGCGGCCCAGCACCUGCACUGACUGUGGCAAGAGUUUCUCACAGAACUCGCAUCUGGUGCAGCACCGGCGCACACACACCGGCGAGAAGCCCUACGUCUGUCGCGACUGCGGCAAGAGCUUCAGCUGGAGCUCCAACCUGAUCCAGCACCAGCGCAUCCAUACAGGGGAGCGCCCGUACACCUGUGGGGACUGUGGUCGCAGCUUCACCCAAAGCAAGAAUCUGGCCAAGCACCGGCGGACACACACAGGUGCCAGGCCAUUCCGUUGCCCAGAGUGCGGGCGGGGCUUUGCGCACACGGCCGGACUGGUCAAACACCAGCGCCUGCGUCACGACACGGACUCUCCCAUUGGCCACCCUUGUCCAGAAUGUGGUCAGCGCUUCCGUGCCCCUUCAGAAGUAGAGCGUCACCGGGUUGCUCACCAUGGUGUUGCACCAUCUGAGCCCUUCAUCUGUGUGGAAUGUGGAGAAUGUUUCACCAAGAGCACCACACUGGUCCGCCACAAGCGAGUGCACAAGCCCAUCUUUGUGCAUUGAGAUUUUUAGUUUCUUCAGGGGGUGGGCAUUCUCGCCAUAUCUGGCCAGGUUUGCAGACUGGAGUCUACAGGUUGAGGGGAGGGGCAAGGUAUCUCACUGCAACCUGGGCCUUGCUUGGCAAGUCCAAAGGCUCUGGUAGAGCCGGUGUAUGAAACCACUGAGCAGUGACCAGGGAUGGAUGGAGGAAGUUGUCCCAAGGUUGGACUUCAAUCACAUGUUGCGGGGCAAAGACUGCUUGGAGGCAGGCUUUUGAUUGCAUCUGGGCAGGACCAAAGUAAUUCUCACCUCCCUUUUGAGGACAUGUAGGUCUUGCUACUGUACAUACCAGAGUGUUUUUUAGUUAGAAGCCAUAAUAGACAACUGCAAGGGAGGGAUGGGAAAAGAGAUCCAGAAGGGGGAAAAAAAAGGCUUCUUCGCACUUUGGUGGAUCAAUGGACUCUCAAUGCAGAAAGUAAUGCUCAGAAAAACCAAGUUACCUUAGGGAAGGGGCAAAGACAGUUGGCAAAGAAAGAAAGAAUGAAAGGACAUGGAUAGGGAAGACAGGUUGAAAUCAACCUUGUUAAAUAAAAUAUUGUCUACCCUCAUCUCAAUAUACCAGUCUCUUGCUCAUUAACCAUUUCCUAUUUCAUAAAUUUUCAACUGAAAGGAGCAGUUCAAAAGACAAUAAAAACCUGGCUCAUGUGUUACAAAUAAAAAAUGAUCCAAAUUCUAAAAAGGUGGCUGUUGUGCACAGCUGAAAAAGCCAAUGGUAGACUGUUGUGGCUGAUGGGUGGUACAGAAGGAGAGCGAGAUUAUGGACCAUAACCUCGGAGUAAAUAGCUAAAAAGAAUGAGUGAUAAUUAAGGUUUUUUCCUGCAGUAUGCAAGACAUAACUACAUUGCAUUAGAAUUGUAACUUAAUGAAGGAUAACUUCACAGGUUUAGCAGUGUAAUUGUAACUGCUUUUAAUUACUUUUAUAGUGACAGCAUAUGUGGGUUCAUUAUUUCAAUGUGUUUUGUAGCUAAACAGCAGUCUAUUUUUUGGCCAAACAAGGACUGGGAGGGAGUGAAAUUAAAGGUACAAGUCAUACCCCUCCAGGCUAAUUGUGAAGGAGAGGAUGGGUCCAGGGGGGUGCACAAGAGCCCUGGAGGGGCAUGCUUUGGCCCACCUCUGGUUCAGGGUUACAGGAAUGAAUCUGUGGAAGUCCUGGACUUGUAGCCAACUCACACCACU